CUGUGAGCGUCGAAAAUGGCGUCAAAGGGGACUGCUGUCGGCGGCAUCGGCCACCCGCUCGGCGGCGUGCUGUGAUUUAGCGCGCGCUCUGAUAAUCCCGAGCCUGGCCAGUGGGAAGGCAUCUGAGCGAGCAACCUUCAACUUCGUAGGUCUGUCUAGAAUGAGUACCGAGUCAGCUGAGCAGACUUUGUCGACUAACCUUGGCGCCGAAACACAGGGCUCGGAGUUGUCAGCGAGCAAGAGGUCUGAAGGCGCGGACACGGAUGACAAUUCCCAAGGCACGAUGAAAGGCGACGAAAUAGUCGAUGAAGCGAGCAGCAUUGAGUCGGAUGCCGACAAGGUGGCGAAGGAGAGUGACAACUGCACCAGGGACAUUCCGAUGGAGGAAGAGUCCAAUCUUGAAGAUCCCGCCUCGUCCGAGACCACAAGCAGUGAUCAGCCACCGUCUGCGCAGACAGCAACUAACAUCCUGGAAGGCGCUGAUGGUUCCAAAGUGGCAUCCGACACUUCAAGAAGCUCGGAUCAACAGUGCUAUUGUGGAAAAGGGCGCAACAUGAACAUCAUCGAACUCCAGUGUGGUUCGUGCUCCAAGUACUUUCAUGACACAUGUUUAUCAUUACCGCUUGGAAAAUGUGUUCCCUUUAUGACCAACUACACUUUUUCGUGCAAGCUGUGCAGUUCAGCUGGUAGCGAGGCCUUCUCCAAAAAGCAGUCAAAUUUUAGCCAGAUGUGUGUGACAGCUAUUGCCAACCUAAUACAGAAGAACCGUGCUGAAGGAGGAAGUCGGUCAUUAUUCUCAAAAGACAAGGAGAUAAUACCUUUCAUUGAAAAGAAUUGGGAAAAUAUGACAACAGUACCACGAAGAGUAAAGCAAACCUGGCACACUACUGUUUACAAGACCAUGACCAAAGACACGGAUGUUUUUGUGUGCGAAGAAAAAACGGAAUCUGGUGAAGUCACCGAUGCCCACCCAUAUUUUGGGCUCAUUGUGACGGACAUAGAAAAAAUUGGACCAAGCUAUGAGAACACUGUUCGGGGCAACCAGGGUCGCAAUGUGGAUUCGCAGGUUUCUUCAGGCAAUCCUGUUCCCGGUAAAGGUAGAGGCACCAAACGGAAGCUGCCAGGGGAGAACCAGACUGCAACUUCAGGAAAGAAGAAUAAAAGUGACUUGGUGAUGCCCAAGCUACCACCAAAUGGCUACCCCCUUGACCAUCCCUACAACAAGGAUGGCUACCGGUACAUCCUCGCGGAGCCCGAUCCUCAUGCGCCGUUUCGUCAGGAGUUUGACGAAAGCACAGACUGUGCAGGGAAGCCUAUUCCAGCGUGGCUCUACCGUAAACUGCAGCCAUCGUCUGUGCUCUUGGCCAUGCACGACAGAGCACCCCAGUUGAAGCUCUCAGAUGACCGGCUCAGUGUGACUGGGGAGAAAGGCUACUGCAUGGUCAGGGCAACCCAUGGUGUGGAAGAGGGUGCCUGGUAUUAUGAAGCUACCAUUGAGGACAUGCCUGAGAACAGUGCCACUCGUAUUGGCUGGUCUCAAGAGCUUGGCAACUUGCAGGCUCCCUUGGGGUAUGACCGUUUUGGCUACUCCUGGCGGUCUCGUAAAGGCACUAAGUUUCAUGAGAGCCGUGGAUACCACUACCACGACGGAGGUUACGGUGCUGGAGACACACUUGGCUUCCUCAUCGAGCUGCCGCGAAGAAAAGAAAAGGAAGGGCAGCUCUCUCUUCCAGAUGCUUUCAAGGACAGGCGACUUGUAAAAGUGAAGAGUUACCUUUAUUUUGAAGAGAAGGAUGAAGUACAGCAAGCCAUCAAGGCUCUCAGGACGCUACCUGGAAGUAGAAUUGCAUUUUAUAAGAAUGGAGAGUGCAUUGGAACAGCUUGGAAAGAUAUUUAUGAAGGCAUGUACUACCCAGCUGUGUCGCUGUACAAAGGGUGCACGGUGCGUCUGAAUUUUGGACCCAACUUCAAGCACAAACCAAAGGAUGUACCAUGUAUGGGGAUGCAUGAAAGUGUCGACAAAGUCAUCGUGCAGCAGACUGUGUCUGAUAUGCUUUACCUUGUGGAAAAUGAAAGUCAAAUGCGGUUGGAUGCCAUCUACUUCUGAGUGGCAGAGUGUUCUUUCUUGUUUUUAUUAACAUGUACAAUAAUUUUCACUGCUAAAGAAAGGCAGUGCAUGUGCACAAUGAGUUGUGCACCAGUAUUUUCAUCCUCGCUGGCAAGUCUUCCAUUAUUCGAUGAAGAAUACAUGUGGAAGUUAUACAGGGUGUUUUUUACAAUACAGAUUUUUUAAUAAAAAUCCUACGAUAGUCAGGCUCCUAUCGUUUUCGCACAUGAACUCUAUGUUGAGGGGGAAAUACUUUGCCGCAGCUAAAAGGACAUUGUUGUGGCUAAUUAACAAAAACUCUUUAAUUGACUAUCUUAAUUUGUGACUUGAAGGCAGUUAUGUAUGUUAAAAAGUUGUAGUUUGCGAGAAUUUAUAGAAUACCCAUUUUUAGAAAUCAUGGAAGUCGCACAUAAUUUGAGAUAUUCAUCAUCAAAUUUUAAUGGUUUAUCAAAACUGACCGCGCCCGGCACGCAGGAAAUGCGGCCUCUCUGUUACGUCAGAUUGGAACUACCUGUGACGAAGAAGUGAUGAAAUUUGACUCAAGGCGUGCUGAAGCAGAAUCUGGUCAGGAAAGUUUGCAAGCAUUCUGAAACACAAGUAGACAGCCUCUUCCUUGCGUGCGAUGUGUGAUGCUAACCUGUGGCCUUCUUAAGUAAAAAACAGGUGCGAAAAACUAUUUCGCCUGUGUGCAAGAAGUGCUGCAAUGGCUGUCCCUGAGUUCUUUGCUUCACAGAGAUAGAAAAGGUUGAUGUUGCGGUUCUCUUGUGCACAGCUUGGAAGGAAACAGAUAAGCGCCAAACACCACAUGCGAAGGUAAGGCGAUCCGCUGGCACGAGUGGUGCGCUGACUUGCUGCUUUUCAUGAAAAGAUAUGGCUGCAGCGCUCCUUCAUUCAAAUUUCGUCACUUCCCUGUCACGCGAAAUUCCCAUCUAACCUAACAGAGUGGUCGUGUUUCCUGCACGUUAGGCGCGAUCAGUUUUGAUAUCAGUAUUAAAAUUCAGUUAUGAAUAUCUCAAAUAACGUGCAGCUUUUGUGAUUUUUAAAAAAUGGGUAUGCCAUAAAUUUUCAUGCAUUACAACUUUCUAAUAUAAACAACUGCCCUCAAGUCGAUAAUUAAAAACUUAAUUUACCAGUUUUUUUGUUAUUUAGUCCGUUCAGUGUCAUUUUAGCUGUGGCAAAGUGUUUCCGCCUCAACAGAGUUCGUGUGUGGUGACGACAGGAUUGUUACUGUCACAGGAUGUUUAUAAAAGAUUUGUACUGUAAAAAAAACACCCUGUAGUUUGUAAGGGGACAGGGAAGAUCUUCAUAUGUUAUGUACUUUUGUCUAUAUUUAUGGCCCGUUUUGAAUAUCUUGUUUGUUUGUUGUAGGUGAAUGCAUGAGCUCAUCUUAACUAAUUCAAGCUCUUGUUUUGUAUAUUGCAUUGCUGGUAUGCUUUCUAUCACUGUUACAGUUUUCGUAACAAGUUGUACAUUGUAUGAGAGCCUUUGUUGCAAUGCUGUUUUGGCACACUUUUUAUUACCUUAUAACCUCGAGUAAGGGCCGCAACCCCUCCCCCCCUUUUUUUGGACUAUGUAAUUGAGAAAAAAAGUUAUUGAUAUAAUAGGCCGUACUCGCCUUAUCAAAGUGCCCGUCAAACGCAGCUGCACUGCCAUGUUUGCGCUGUAACCUGCUAUCUCCAGCACAAAGCACUUCUUGAGCAUCUGCCGUGCCAUAACUUCUUAAUCUAGUGCCACUAUAACCGCUAAAGACAUUGACUCCCACGCCUGGCAAGUCAUCACUUCUGGUGAUAUUUUCACAAGAUUAUCGCUGGAUGCACCAGCAUCUACAAGCAACAACGCUCCCUGCCUGCUGUAUUAGCACAGUUGGCACAGUGAGAGACUGCCAUGGCCUGGCGACAGCCACACACCUCGCAAAAGUACCUGCGAAAGCGAUCAUCUGAAAAUGCAGCCCGUGCCUCAGCUCCACGAGAAACAAAAGCAACACGAUCAGGAUCAGACCGUGGGAAGCGUGGAAGCACCUCCAAUGAUGAUAAGAGACAGAUCUCAAAGGCCCUACUUUUGCUAAUAAUUAGAGCUGUGUGAAUAGCAAAAUUUUGGGUGCGAAGCAAAUUCGAAUAAUAAAGUUUGAGUGCGAACCGAACAUUUUUCAAAUACUUCGAAGCGAAAUUACAGAAAAAAAAGUUGCAGAGGAUCCCUAAGCAUAUUCCUGUGAGAUAGCAACUAGUGUUUCUUUUGGCUAGGUUGGUGAAGCGCUGGAGGGGUGGUGUUCCCUAGCUCUCUUAUCAAGAAUGAGGCAAUGCAGCGGCCGAAUUGUGUUUAUUUACAUCAUUAGGUGCGACCAAUGUGGUGUCGACAACACUUUACACGCUAUUUCCUCAACCCUCCUCCAACUUCUGUGGAGGCCCAACUGACGUGGCGGACAAGGGCGCACUACCUUCGAGUCGGGAAUUCCUAAUGUGCCCCAUAGACGUCAAUGUGUAAGAACAUCUGAAAUUUCUUAUGUUGAGAAUCUUCCACGUCCGAUUUUUCAGACUUUCUGCCCAUAUCUCAGGUCCGAAAUGGCAUUAAUUAAAGCCCUCACCUCCGCCGCGUCUGUCAUCUCGUAGGUUCGAACCAGCGCGUUCACGAGUCCAUCCGUUUGCAGUCAGAGCAGAGUUCGAAAGGCAGCUUUGCCACACUGCCAGAGUGUGAUGGGGUGACGCGUAUCGAAAAUCUGAAGGUGCCACUGUCAAGGCGAUAACGGCACGGCGCUGUGCGGCCGGUGCGGUGAUGUCUUUAUGGAUAUGUACUUCACUAAGACGUACUGGCGGGCUAGUUGGUUCAAAGCUCUGAUACAUUAGAGAGUUUGAGAAUUGGGGACCCAGGAUGCUGGGCCCCCAAGCUGCGUUGGGCAGCCUGCUCUUGCGUUUGGAUGAUCAGCAGAGUUUGAGAAUUGGGCCAACACAGGCUGCGUUGGGCUAAGCGCACGGAGCGCCACGCGUGACGAAAUUAAAAUCAUGCGAGACGCGGGCCAUACUGCGCCGCGGCCCGCGCUGCAGCUGUGUCUUUUCGCUGGUGACCCUAGACGCCUUGUGGCCCCACGCUAGAUUUCGAUUUUUGCGCCUCAGGUCAACGCGAGCGCAAGAGCCCAAGAGUGUCUUGGGUUCUGCGCAUGCGCCCUGGUGGCUCGCAAGCUUCUUGGGUCCCCAAGCUCCUUGGCGCCCCAAUUCUCAAACUAUCUAUUAUUAAACUGCACGAAAAGACGGGCAUACGGGUAAGGAACAUACGGAACACCACGAGCGCAGAUAAGCACCUGAAAUGCACGGAGGCGUGAUGGCGGCAUGCGGCAAGUGCGCCACUGCAGCUUACUUAUGAUAAGCAUCUUCAGCUAACUGCUCAGUAGUGCAUGUGGCCUAGCGCAGUGGUGCAUGCGUAUAACGCGAACGCGCCGCGCCGCCGUUCAUGCUGCCUCUUCGUGUGAGACCGCGAAGAGUGCCGCACAGACGCAUUGCCUUCACGAUCAUAAGCAGCUCACCAUCACCGUGCCCAUGUGCGGUCUGGAACGGAGUGGGCAUCACAGACACUUUCAUGACAAAUGCAUGCGUACAGUACAGCAACCUUCCCGGCAGUGACAGCGUCAGCUUUGAUGUGCUGCACACAACUAUACUCCAUCUCACCACUACCAUUCAGCACUACCAAAGCUUUGGGGUGUAAGAAAGCCACAUGCUUGCGCUGCAAAAUAUAGUUCCAGAUAUAAUUACCUUACAAUUCGCAGGGUUGAGACAUUUGCGCUUGUUUAGCACGUGUUACAUUGCAUCAGUGAGUGGCAUGUUUAUUCUUCAUCGCAUUUACGGCGUAUUUGUUUCAUUGUUGUAUCAGUAACCGCCGGUAACUGUGGUUACAAAUCAACAUGGCAAUGUCCAUGCAGACGCGACCACCUGCUUCUAUCUGAAGUUGCGCUUGUUACCUGCCCACAGCGCUGACAACAAGAAAUAAAUGGCAAAAUGAGCCAUGGCUUUGCGUUUAUUCUGAGGACAAAGCAGCAGGUAUGUUUUGUCGUUAUUCGCGAGAUCAGACUUUUGUUUAGCCAUGCCUGCUAAGCCUAACGGGCCGAGCAUUGGAUAACGGUUCAUGAAAAUAGCGCAAUAUAGUCACAAAUACAUUGCUCUCGAAGCGUCAGGACAUAAAUCUAAAGCAAAUACAAGCGUCAGUUUGGAACUUACAAGCCACAAAGCGCACGUCGAUAAGGUGAUAAAUUCCAGGCAGACGGCAUCAGCGUCGAUGGGUGCAACAAUGUUCUCUUUUUUUGCCGUCUAUUCGCUUUACACGCACAACGCGGGCGCGCAGACACCAUGGGGGCGCUGAGCAGACGACGCGGAACGGAUGAAUACAUCGCGAGGGAUUUUCGCCCUUCCUAUUGGCUAAGGGGCCCUGUAGCCUCCACAGUGCUGAAGGGAACUUCUGAGAUGGAGUAUAGGAAUGAUCGGCUUCAUGCGGCAGCACACGCUGCGUAUCGGUGGAGAUUCGGCGAUGCGUGUGUGCAUUGUUUACGUCCGCAUACACAUUGGGGAAAGCCGGACGAGUCGUCCGCUCUUCCGCCAUAGUCUUUCUGUUCCGCGUCAGCGUUUCCAAAUGCCCCAUGCGAGAGAGCCGUGAUCUAUCCCGUGUUUUGCUGGUAUCAGCGUCACACAUCACGAGACGCAAACUUGCAGUUGGCGGUUGGCACAUAGUUAAGCGGGAAUCGCGGCAGGAAGCGAAUGUAUUCUUGAGAGUCUGGGCGUGCACCAAAAUGCCUGAUGAGUGUACUGGGAGGCAUUAAAGCUAUUGAAUGUGGCUAUGGCGAUUUGACCGCUUGCGCGGAAUAAAGAAGCAUGAAUUCGUUUUUUCAGACUGCCCGAUUUUUAGGACGAUUUCGUGGUCCCUAGGGAUUAAAAAAAAAUCGGACGUUGACUAUUUAUCUUUCAGAAGUUAGAAUACUUCGAAUAGUCAAAUUCCGGUGCGAAUCAAAUUGAAUGGCAAACACUGUUCGAAAAAUAUUGAAAAGGUCGAAUAAUCGCACACCCCUACUAAUAAUUUCUCAAAUAAGUCAUAGGUACCAUCCUAGCUUCAAGUACAGAUUUAGGAAGCUAUGCCUUUGCUCAUGGAAACCUGAAAAACGUCAUUGGGGUUCUGUGCCAAGUUCUGUGUGAGAUCAUUAUGUGGCAAAGAAAAAAAUAAUUAAAUUUUGACGACAGAAUUCAGGGAUGUGUUAAUUACAUGAAUGCAAUCAUUAUGCAGAGAUAUAAUGGUAUCUUAAACUAAAAAAAAAUGUGUAUGGGUCACUCAAAAAAUUCCCACUCGGAGUUUUAAAAAAGUGCGGCCUUACGCGAGUUUAUGUGGUACAUAUAUUAUUUGCAAACCACUCAGUUUCGUAAAUCUUGCUCUUUUUUUUUUUUUUAAUAUAGUGCAUGUUGUCGUGUAAGUACACAAAACUCUGAACUCGUUGCUGUAAAUACUGUUUCACCUUUGCAAGAGCCUCCAGGAAAAUACCUGGGUUUUUCAACUUAUGCAUGUGUUAUGAAAAUGUAAGAGCAGUGUCAAAUCUAUUCAUUCUUUUUGCAUCUGAAUGCUCAUUGGCCACAGUAUUUUAAAGGGCCCUUUUACCAGCUUUUUAUAUUGUAAACAAGGCACUCCGGAGCAUAGAGAAUGCACUUACAAUCAUCUGUGGUAAAUAUGUGAACAAAUGGUGCAAAAAACAGCAAGGAAAUCAGGAGUAAAGCUUGUUCAUUUUUCCCAAUGCAGCUGAUGUUCAUUUAUAAACAUCUAUGACAUUGCAGAUGCUCAUCAAAGACCAGCUGCAUUAACCCUUUAACAGGCACUAUUCUUACUCACCUGCCCACCUAAUUUUCUGUCUCCCCCUCGCGCGUUUGCAUUCUCUUGUGGGUAUAAUAUGGCCACAGCAAGCACAGGACCGGGUUGAUUAGUGGAACAUGGGAGAGGCCUUUGCCCUGCAGCGGGCGUAGUCAGGCUGAUAAUGACGAUGAUGGUGAUGAUUGUGGUUUUUACUGACACCACAGGCAUCUACAGAAUUUUGUUUUAAAGACGAUAGUCUUUCUUUUUGGUCUGUCUGUCGGUCUUUCUUUCUUUCUGUCUGUCUGUCUGUCUGUCGCACGAUUCAGCCACCUGGCCAAAGUUUAAGCACUUGCUGAACGUCCAGCCAUCUUGAACUGGUAGCUGAGUUCAUACUUGUGAACGUUAUCGAUCAGAAAGCAAAUAUUAUACAUAUCUGAGGCGCAACAUCAAUACGUGAGUAUUAGGUGUUGUGUGCCUUUACUAGAAAAUACAUAGAAAUGUAAUUCUAAAGACCCUAGUGUUUCUUAGGCUGUGCUGAAAAUGCGGCUGCGCUGCAAAUGUGACGCGAUGCAUGAAAAAGCCCUCUGCACAUGCUCAUGCACAAGCUCUGCACAAGCUCAUCAAUUUGUGAGGCAUUAAACUCCAGUAAUGAGGUCAUUUGAUGAUUACAUGAGAAAGUAUUGCAGGACCCCUUCAAGAACAGUUAACUUUUGAUCACUCUGCCCAGUGCAGGGUUCUCCACUGAGUGACACGGUGCUGCUGCAGAAAAUGUGCCUCAUAAUCUUCUCUAGUACACUUGUGCUGGCAAGCCAUCACUUGUUAAUGACAUACGGAAAAUAAAGAAAAUAGUUGAUGCCUUUUCAUUGCUAAGGUCUUUUUCAAAACUUUUAACACAAUUCUGAAGCUGAAGUUGAUGCAGAAUGAUUGAGGAGAUGGCAUUUUUGAGGUAGGCUGAGUGUGUGCGAAACACUGUGGAGCAAUUUUUUUGUGACAACGGAGCGCACGAUACAGUUUCUUUACAAAGUGUGAUCGGGAAUUUUUCCUGUGUUGUGAAGAAGAAAAUAAGCACGUACAUUUUUUUUUUCAAAUAGGACCUGAAAAAGUUGAAGUUUUUUUCAUACUGCUCGCUAGAUGCACCAAGGAAAAAGAAAAGUGGUGUAGAUCUCCUUUUGCACUAGCGAAAGGCAUCACUGUAUUUCCAGCGAAUUUUACAAAAUAUCUGUGAAACUGCAAGAUACUUCUGUAGUGGAAAUAACACUUACAGCGGCCUUGUGUGCAUAUAGCACACGCGAAGUAUAUUUUCUACUGCCUGUUAAAGGGUUAAUAAGUUAAACUUUUGCAAAGGGCGAGACCGAAUAUAAUUAGCACUAUCCUUUCCUAUUCCACUGAAACUUCUAGAUUAUGUACAGUGUCACCUCCUUCUGUUGCGAAGCCUGUUGCUAGGCAUCUGGGGCCCAUUUGCUUGCUCGCGAACCUGCCAUGUGCUGACCUGUUGCUUCCACUGCGAUAGUUACCUUUGUUAACAAUUGAAAGCGAAUUGACAAAACAGUCUGUGGCUACCCUUUGUAAAAUCCACUGCAAACAUUGCUGCUUUUGAAAGGGCUGGUAAAAGGAGAAAAUUCCAUGCCUUGUGGAUGGGAAUUGUUUUGUGUUUAUUACCUGUAGUGGUUCUUGCUGGAAAAUGUGGUUUUGUAAACAUUUUGUUUUGGCAACCACUAGUUGGAAAAUGUGGGAAACUUGCAUCUUUGUAUGUUAAUUCACAAGAAUGGGUGCUCAUGGUGAUCCUGAAGCUGUCAUUUGCUUUGGCAUUUUGUUUGGUUUGUCCUUUUAAAUAAAACAUUGAAUCUGUA